GAGACAGUGUUUUGCCUACAAAGAAGAAAAUGUGUUUGGAGGAACAGCCAGAAAUCUCUCUCUGUUCUCUGGAUGAACUUGAAGCUAAGGAAUACUAGCUAGCAUCAUGGGUUUCUUUAAUCAUUUAACCUACUUUCUGGCUGCUGGUGCUGUUAGUCUGGGAAUCGGAUUUUUUGCUUUGGCAUCUGCUUUGUGGUUCCUGAUUUACAAACGAAGAGAAAUAUUUGGGAAUUCCAAAUUUAAAGCAACUGGUGAAAAUCAAGGGCCAUCCAAGCCAAAGCUUAAAGCUCACCCUCAAUAUGUUUUCAUUUCCCGGAACUUCCAUGUUGGCUGGUCACCAUUACAGAUGAAGAAGACAAAAAGGGAAGAGGCACAAAUAAAAGCUGUCCAAAGUCACUCUCAAAUUGAAUUCUGCCUCCUGGAUGCCACCAGCCAUGAGUCCCCUGGGAUGACCUCAAUAACAAAUGACAGCAGUAUGACAACACCGAGCUUAAAAUCAAUUUCUAGUUCUUACUGUAACCAAAGCAUAGAAGGAGCUGAAGAAUGGUAUUCUGAUGAUUGUUUAGAAACCAAGAAACCCUCAAAGAAUAUUUUACUCCAGGAGCCUAUAACUGAGAAGGUGCUCGCAUACCUAUCAUCCAUUUCUUUAGAAGAAUGGCCAGGAAACUCAGUGAAUGCAACAUUUUGUAAUGGGCAAAAAGCUGACAGCAUUAAGGAAAUGUUUAUACAAAAAAACAUAGAGGUUGGCAAACACAACCGUCACUUUGAUAUUGAAUGACAUUUUCCCUGUGAAAUCUGGUAUAGCGUGGUAAAGUUAAAACUGAAUUAUG